AUGUCAUCGUUAUUCUCAUUAGAUGGUCAAGUUGCAUUAAUAACCGGUGCAACUUCUGGAAUUGGACUAGGCUAUGCGGAAGGAUUAGCUUCUGCAAAUAUAAAACAAUUGAUAUUGACGUAUAGAUCAGAACAAAAUUUUGAAGAUGCUAAAACAGCUAUUUUGAAACUCAAUGAGAACGUAAAAAUUGAUGGGAUCAAAGUUGAUUUUUUGAAUGAAAAUGAAGAUGAAUUAGUCGAAAAGAUUUAUGAACAAGGCUACAAACUUAGUACAACUGGAGUUAUAGAUAUAUUAAUUAAUAAUGCAGGUAUAACAGAAAGAUAUAAUUUUGAAAGUUUCCCACAACAAAAAUUUGAUGAUGUAUUGAGAAUUGAUUUAGAUAUUCCAAUAAAAUUAACUCAAAAGUUUGGAACUAGGAUGUUGGAGCUUAAAACUAAAGGUAAAAUUGUUUUCACAGCUUCAUUAUUAUCAUUUCAAGGUGGUAUGAAAUCUACACCAUACGCAGUAGCAAAAGGAGGUUUAAAACAAUUUACACAAGCAGUAAGUAAUGAAUGGUCUAGUCGAGGUAUAAGAGUGAACUGUAUUGCUCCUGGUUAUGUAGAAACUAAAUUGACUUCAACUAUGGAGCAACAAAAUAAAGAUCUAGUUGAUAAAAGAAUUCCUAUGGGAAGAUGGGCACAACCGGGAGAUUUUAGAGGACCAAUAGUGUUUUUAUGUAGUGAUGCUUCUAGCUAUGUUACUGGAGAAACAUUAGUUGUGGAUGGUGGUUGGUUGGGUCGUUAA